AUGUAUAAAACUUCCUGUCAUUUGGUAUACUCAUCAAUAUUAUUAUUCUUUUUUAUUGUAUCUGCUACAUCUUUAAUUCAAUCACCACCAAAGUUUGUUAAAGAACCAGUUGAUGAACUACUAUUUCAAGUAGCCUCUGUUAAUAAUCAAAAUGAAAAUGAUAAACCUUUUAUAAUUGAUUGUGAAGCAGAAGCAGAGCCAGCUCCGAAGUAUCGAUGGAUGAAGAAUGGAAAAAAUUUUGAUUGGCAAGCAUAUGAUGACAGAAUUGCUCAACAACCUGGACGUGGUUCAUUAACAAUUACCAAACCUAGAGAUGAAGAUCUCGGUCAAUAUCAAUGUUUUGCUGAAAAUGCUUGGGGUAUAGCUACUUCAAAAUCUGUUAUGGUUGUAAAAGCUGAAUUAAAUUCAUUUAAAGAUGAGCCAGUAGCAUAUAUUGAAGCUCAAGAAGGUGAGCCAUUUAAACUUGCUUGCCAUCCUCCUACUGGAUGGCCCAAACCUAAAGUAUAUUGGCUUAUACAGAAUUCAAAUGGUGGUAUUCAAAGUAUUAACAAUAGUAGAAUGACACUAGAUCCUGAAGGUAAUCUAUGGUUUUCUAAUGUGACUCGAUAUGACGCUAGUAGUGGCUUUACCUAUUCAUGUGCAGCAUCAUCAUUCUUCAGGAGUGAAUAUAAAUUAGGUAACCAUGUGGAAUUG